AUGGACCACACCGAUGCAGACGAAGUCUCCGCAGAGGACAAUGGUAUACACACUCCGAACUCUCGCGUUGAAGAAUCAACUCGACACCGCCUGAAAUGUGUCGCCCAAGUGAACAAUACUGGCCCCUCUCCGAACUAUCUACCCAUUGGACGAAGAGAUGCUCGAGCUGACGCCUCUGAACCCACCACCCAUUCACACCUUCUCGCCCACUCCCAAACUCGGGCGAAUUGUCCUGCUGGACUCUGGGAACGGACACUGCCCACACACCAAACACUCUAUCCACGCGUACCACGCGUUGGCAGACAAAGUCGUCCCGCAGGGUGUGCUAGAUCUCAUGCCCGCAUGACAGAACUUAUCAUCGCGAAGAAGCUCCUCGGAAAUGCAGAUGAAAGCCAGGAAGAAAUGGUGCAUUUCGCUGUGGAAGGCGCGCGGAAGGGGUUCUCACAAGCCGAUCUCUCUAUAUACGACCACUCCUCUGAAGAGACACUUUUCUUCCGUACGCGAGGGUUCGAGCCCCUCCUCAUUUCAUGUAUCUCCUCCGCGUUGGCCAGGCCGACGUUCGUUGGUAUCCCACUCACGCACGGGAGCGUGGUUGUGUGGGAGCAGGGUACAGAUGCCGGAGUAUGCGUUGGUUAUUUUGAUGGAUGUUGCGAGGUUGCAAAGGGUUCUUGA